AUGGAGGUUAAGGUGCUUUCAUUUGCCGCUGAGAGCCCUCCUCUCCCGGUGCUCGUGGUGGCCAAGCUCGCUGGCAUUUCUCUCUCUACCGACAAAUCUCUACUUGUUGAUUGUCCUCAUCUCUUGCAUUCUCCAAUGGCUGCCCAGAUUGAUGAGUGGCAUGAGUGUGCACCUGUGCUUUCACAGGGUUCUGCAUUUGAGAAUGCAUGCAAAUAUUUGGAUGACUAUUUGGGAAGCCGUAGUUUUUUCGUUGAUCACUCCUUUUCCAUUGCCGAUAUAUUAAUAUGGUCAAGUCUAUUAGGUAUGGCGUUGCUUCUCUCACUCUCUUUUCCUAUUGUUUUUAUCAUUAUUUUGCAUGGUUAUGCAAAGAAUUAG